CCCAUCUCUCUCUCUCUCUCUGUCUCUCUCUCUCUCUCUCAAGAAAAGUCUUUCUUUUUCAUUUAGCUCUCUUUUGGACCUCACUCUUGCUCUCUCUCUCUCUCUCUCUUUCACAGCUAUAACCUUUUCAAGCUCAUCAUACACCAUCUCUUUCCAGUAAUCUGCAACUCUCUCUCAACCCACCACCCACAAAAAGGAAAAAUAAACAUCACUGUUCUUAUAUUCCCAAGAAGUAGAGAAACCCGAAAAAAAGAAAGAAAAGAAACCCAGGUUUUCAAAAUUAAAGGCACUAAACAACAUCCUCUCCUUUUUCUACCCCUAGUUUUCAGCUGUGUGGGAGAGCACAAAGUGACCCAUAUCUGUUUUUCUUCAGAAGACCAGAAGAAAGCUAAGAAAAAUUCCUAGCUCAUACUUUUGAUCUCUGGGUGAGCUCUAAGUUGGUGUCCAGAUGGAAGAAAAGAACUACUUCCCUGAUCUUUCCCUCCACAUAAGCCCUCCGAACAGCGCCCCUUCCUCGAUCUGCGGCGGUGGGAACAACGAGGGGGACUCGAACUCGAGCUUCAACAUUUGGCGGAGAGGCAGCGAGGAUGACGACGACUAUCAUUAUGCCCUAAAGUCCCACAGUGACAGUUCCGUUCUCAAGGCUGAUGUUGCUGCGGACAUCCGACUCUCCCUAUCGAAUUUCCCGGCCACUGCUGAGGCCACGAACAACCCCUUAGAGGCUGAGAGCCCGUGGCGGAGGAGCAUCGGCCAUGCACACAAUGGAGAUCAUCAAGUAGAGGAUUAUUUCAAGAGGAGGCAUGUAAUUGGCCAUGGAAGUCUCAGCCACAUAAGCAGCGGGAUGUCGCUGCUCGGUGUCUCGGACAAGCUUCGACCGAUCAAGGGCAUUCCAGUGUACAACACUGGCGCUUGUAACAAUUCUUUCCCGUUUCCUCCGCAGGCAGAUCGCGAUUUCCCCAGAGAUGUGAUGACAACGAGGGACAAUAAUCCGAAGUUAUGUUACAAUUUCCCUAGGCCGAGCAACGACAUGAUGAACAUGAACAACAGUUCUAGUAGUCCGAGCAAUUAUUUUGAGCCCAUGUACGUGUUGAAUUCCGGCGGUGGAGGUGGUUCGAGAUUCAACGGUAUAACGAUGGAUAAUCUGAAUCACAAUUUCAAGUCAAGGCAGAUGAUGAUGAUGCAGUACCUACAUCACCACCACCAGUAUGGAUCGCCAGGCGAAUCGAACGGGUUGGUCUCGAGAUACAGGUUCGUGCCCAAGUUGCAGAGCAACAAGAGGAACAUGAGGGCUCCGAGGAUGCGUUGGACUAGCUCUCUCCAUGCCCGCUUUGUUCAUUCCGUUGAGCUUCUUGGUGGCCAUGAAAGGGCUACACCAAAAUCAGUGUUGGAGCUGAUGGAUGUGAAGGACCUAACACUGGCUCAUGUGAAGAGCCACUUACAGAUGUAUAGGACUGUUAAGAAUACUGACAAAGCAGCUGCUUCCUCAGAUGGAUCUGGUGAUGAAGACUUUUUGCCCCCGUUAAAAACAUUCCAUCAAAAUGGAAACCAGAGAGCUGAUGGUUCUAAUUUAAGAGCUUCAACUAGACAUAACAUGUGGACUAACUGUUCAAGUAAAGGAGAGUGGCCACACAGCACCAAUUCUAGAGAUGUGGAUGGGACAAAAAGUCCAGAAACCAUUUCAUCUCAACAUAACUCUGAGAGGUUUUGCGACAGUCACUUCCACACUAGGCACGAGGAUGCAACUCAUCGCCGGAUUAUAUGAUACAAAUUUCAAAUCGUGUUUGAGCCGGAAAAAGGCCGGAUUAUUUUCCGUUCCGCAAAGCAUGCGAGUCUGCCUUGAACGUCUAAAUGAGUCAACUUGUGUAUUAUGUGUACCUUUUGGUUGUAACUCGGUUUGUAAACAAAUUCGACAUAAGUUAAGUAUACAAAAUUGUGAGCUUAUGUUAUUCUA